CCCAACCUGAAGAUGGCGGAGCCUCUCCUGCUUCCUUACCCCUUUCUGUUUAGGGGGGCUGCUGCCCUUUCCAAAGAUGGCUGCUUGCUAGCUCCUCCCCACAGCAGCUGCAAAUUCUUGUUGCAGCUGCGGUGGUGGGUGCCUCUUGCUGGGCUACUGAAGUUGCACGCUGCAGCUCCCUGCCCUCUGCUCUCUCCAAGGCCAAUAGCUCAGGACUUUGGCCUCGAGGCAGAGCCUCGACUCUUAAGCAGAAAAAAGGGGUGGUGCAAACUUGUAUAGUGCAAUGCUUGCCUUCGUAGCGAGGAACAUGGUAAGUGACUUUCUCUGCUGUCUUUGAAUCUUUGGGGGUACAGCUGCGAGGAAAGGGCUCAGAUUCUGUGGCUGGAAGAAGAGGGGGUUUUGGCGGGGGUGGGGUGGGGUGCAGGGGUAGGUGGAUUAGGGGGUCUGACUUCGGGGAAGAUCCAGGGGCAGGGCUGUUGGAAGGAGGAAAGGAAGAAUUAACUCGUGUCCUGUAACUCUUGCUGCUUGUUUUCUGGAGAAGGAACAUUCCUGAUUUCUCCCUCUCUAGUGGGUGUGUAUAUUUGGCAGAGCACCCUUCGUCUCCAAGAUAUGUGUGGUUUUCUUUGGCAGAUCAUGUGAGGAGGGGGGCGAAGUUAUGCAAACAGGAGAAUCUUUUUUCUCUAAUUUAAAAAGUACAGGAGGAUUCUUAGCCAAAGAAUGAUAGAAAACAGAAAGAGACUCGUUUUCGGUUCUCUGAGUGGGGGGAUUUGAACCCUGGUCUCUGGUUUCUAGUCCUCAUUUAAACCCCACUACAACCCUGUGAGGCAGAUUAGGCUGAGAGUGAGUGGCUGGCCCAAGGUCACCCAGUGGGUUUCAUGGUCGAGUGGGCAUUCGAACCCUGGUCUCCCAAGUCCUGAUACUCUAUCCACAACACCACACUGGCAUAUACGACACACAUAUAUGUAAUAUUGUUGUUGUUAAUAAUAAAAUGCUUAUAUAGCCCAUUUUUAAUAUUCGAAGGACGUCUCACACAUGUUUGUGAUAAUGCUCACGACAUUUGUAAGAGCUCAGUCUUUUAGUGUGGCAGUGCCUGUACUUUGGAACUCCCUGCCAAUUGAUAUCAGGCAGGCACCUUCACUGUCCUCUUUUCAGCGCCUGCUAAAAACAUUUAGGCGAGACCUACCCAGAGGUUUAGAAAGUUGGUGUGUUUUAAUCCGUUUUCAGUCCAUUGUUAACUUUUCGAAAGUCUUAAAUUAUAGAAUCGUUCAUUUUUCUUAGUGAUUGUUUUAUCUUUUUUGUAAACUGCUCUGAGGUUUCUUACAAUCAUGCGGUGCAUAAAUUUCAUGAAAUAGUAUAAAUAAAUAAAUCUUGUAAAGUAGGCCUGUAUUAUCAUGCAAAGCCAGUGUGCUAAAGUGGUUAGGUAAAAGUAAAGGGACCCCCGACCAUUAGGUCCAGUUGCGGAAGACACUGGGGUUGUGGUGCUCAUCUCGCUUUACUGGCCAAGGGAGCAGCCGUACAGCUUCCAGGUCAUGUGGCCAGCAUGACUAAGCCGCUUCUGGCGAACCAGAGCAGCGCACCAAAAUGCCGUUUGCCUUCCCACCGGAGUGGUACCUAUUUAUCUACUUGCACGUUGACAUGCUUUCGAACUGCUAGGUUGGCAGGAGCAAGGACCGAGCAAUGGGAGCUUACCCCGUCACAGGAAUUCGAACUGCUGACCUUCUGAUCGGCAAGCCCUAGGCUCAGUGGUUUAACCCACAGCGCCACUCACGUCCCUCUUGCUGCAGUGGUUAGGGUGACAGAUUAGGACCUAGGAGAUCAGGGUUUAGAUUUCUUACUUGGCCAUGAAGCUCACUGGGUUUGACACCCUCUCAGAGUAGCCUACCUCACAGAGCUGUUGUGAAUAUAAAGCGUAGAUGGGGGGGGGGGACGACCCAUAUAUAGUAGCUUGAGUUCCUUGGAGGAAAGACGGGGUGCAAAUUUAAUAAUACGUUUUUAAACAAGAACAUCACCCUUGUAAUUGCAGAUGAUGGGGCAAGGUGUAAAAAAAUCUUUUAAAAUAAUUUUAAAAUAGUAAAUGUUUAAAAAAUUGCUUUUUUUAUUAGAAAAAUGUGCUAAAGUCUCUCCAAAAUAACCUUAGCUUCAUAGAAAAUCUGAGUUGACUAGAAGGAAAUGAAUGCAGCAGGUGUCUUUGGCAUCAAUUUUUAAAAUGUUUGUUGAAGACUUUUCUAUAUUGUCAGACGUAACGUAGAGAAAAGCGAGAAUGCAGCUCUCCCUGCUUGGCAGAAUCUCGGCUAUCAAAAUGAAUUUGUGGUCCAGGAUGCUGUUUUUAUUCUAAUCAAUUCCAAUUGUAAAUAAUUCAAGCUGCUUCAAAGCAUGGAAGAAGGAUAUUUCUAAAUUCAUCUGGAAAUGGGGAAAUCCAAGACUUAAACAUAAAAUUGUGAAAGAGGAGGCGUUGCCCUGCCAGACCUGCUAAUGUAUUAUGAGUCAGCCUGUUUGUGUUGAUUAAAAUAAUGGAUUACAUUGGAUAAUGCAGACAUCCUGGACUUGGAAGGUCAUGAUUUAAAAUUUGGCUGGCAUGCAUGUAUUUGGUAUGGGAAGGCGAAAAUUUAUAAAAGUUUUAUGAAUCUGUAUAGAGUUUGGGAGAAAUAUAAAAAUCUGCAGGAAAGGAAAACACAUUUAUGGCUAUCUCCUAUCGAGGCUGUUACAAUUAAGAGAGUUAAUAUGGCUAGAGAGUGGGAAACUUACAGGGAAUUGCUGCACUUUACAGAGAGGGAAGCUAAACUGAAAUCAAUGGAAAAUGUAAGGAGCCAUGUUACAGAUUGGUUACAAUAUCAUCAGUUAUAUGAAAUGUUUAAAAUAGACAGGAAAAAUGGUUUUUCAGACCAAAGCUCACAAUUUGAAAAAGAACUUCUACAAAACAAAGAAAAACUUUUGUCUGAAACGUAUAAUCUGUUAUUAGAUUGCGAAACAAAAGACGAGCUUGUCAAAGCCUCUAUGACACAUAGGGCAGAAUACAGAUUUUAACCUCUGGGAAAAACUUAGAAAAAGUGAUUUGAAGUUUACAGAAUGUUAUUCUUUGAAGGAGAACUAUUUGAAAAUGAUUUACAGAUGGUAUUUAACUCCAAGUAGGCUUGCUAAGAUGUAUAAGACUGAAUAAGACUGAAAAAUGCUGGAGAUGGAAAGAGGUUGAAGGAACGUUCCUUCAUAUGUGGUGGACUUGUAAAAGGGUAAAAAAGUCUUGGGAAAUAAUCCAUAAUGAAUUGAAAAAACAGGUUUUAAAGUCCUUUAAAAAAAACAACCACCCCAGAGUUCUUUUUGUUGGGGAUUAUUCAGACUGAAAUUCCCAGGUGUCAAAAAAGGUUAUUUAUGUAUGCUACUGCUGCGGCCCAUGUUUUGUUAGCCCAAAAAUGGAAAACGAGUGAGGUCCCAACUAAAGAAUGGCAACUUAAGCUAAUAGAAUAUGUGAAGCUUGCAGACUUAACACAGAAUAAGAGAACAAGAACAUACAUUUAGAGAAGAUUGGAAAAGGUUUAUUGAAUAUAUGGGGGGGGGAGUGUACACCUGAAAACAUUGGCAACAUUAAGAUAAAUUCAACAGUGUAAAGUUUUGAUGGAUGCAAUAAUGGAAUACUGAAUGGUUUAGUUUUUGUAAAAUAUGCAGAGAUUUAUGAUAUGCAAAAUGAACCAUGGAAAGAGAAGAAGGGAAGUCAUUGAUAUGUUAAUGAAAUAUACUCUUGAGUCCUGUAGUAACUUCAUGCUCUUUAUUGCAGCUUGUAAAACAGUCAUUGAAUUGCCCCCCAAACAUCAGGCUUUUAUAUACAUUAUUUACACAAUGAGUCCCGUCUGAUUGGCUGAUUCUGCUUCCCUCCUGGAGCCUGAUUGGUCUUUUCCUGCAGGCUAAUCAGUUGUUGCAUUCUAGGAUCCUACUUGCCUAUUGAUCUAGGAUCCAAAUUUAGUACAUAAGAGUUAAGGAUGUUUGAAUGAGUAUUUUAAAUUGUAAAACAGAAAAGUUAAUAAAAAUUAUAUAGAGAGAGAGACAAAGUGACAAGUCUGUUACAGUUAAUUGGUGAUCUAUGAUUUUAAAAAACUUUUCUUGUGCCUAUAUCUAUUGCGUACUGCUUUGAUUUUUGUUCUAAUGAAAUUGUGCUGUAUAUGUAUUUUUUAUAAAUAAAGAUAGGUUAAAUUGUUUGUAUUGCAGCACUGAAACAUGCUGGGAGUCACAAUGGUCUACGCUUCUAAUCUCUUAAAAGUGUAACAUGACCUCCUUUCAGGCCCAGACUUAAACACUACUGUAUAAAAGAAAUGUGGAAGAAAACUGAGGUUUAGCAUUACUAAGGGCAAGAUGUCCUAUCUCCACUGUGGGAGACCAUAAGCCUCUGAAUACCAUUUGCUGGGAAUUCCAGUUGGGGAGAGUGUUGCUGUUGUCUUUAGGUCCUGCUACUGGUUGGGUACUAUGAGAAUAGGAGGCAGGACUAUUUGGGCUUUGGAGGCCUGAUUCAGCUGUGGGGCUCUUCUGGUGUCCUUACACAUGCUAUGCAUUACUGCGGGUUUCCCAGAGUCUGAAACCCUGUUUUGCCCAGUAAGUAACCUCCCUGAUCCUUAACUGUGAAUCAAGUCCCAGCUUAUUCUGUUGGACUAGCUUCCAAAUAAGCAUGCACUGGAAUGCACCCUUGGAUUUCAACGAAAUGAUCUUGCUCAGUUUCCUUUCACAUAUAGAGAAAGAUCUGCCUCUGGUCUUUCCAGUGAAAAUGCCUCAGGGCCAAAGGUUUUGGAUUAUGUUGCAUCAUGUCUCUGUUUAGUCAGGCAAUAUUUACUGAGAGGGUAAUAAACCAUUCCCACCUCCCAUUAUUUAGGGACAGAGUAUGGUGAACCACUCUUUAGUGAGCCCUGUCUUGAAGUAAAAAGGUGGACCACCUCAGUGAGGCCUGUGAAAUGGGUGCAUUUGUAGAGGGAGGCAGCUGCUUCCUCUUCUGCUGUAAAGUAAGUGACCAUAUGUUUUUUUCUGCGGAUUUUCAGGCAAAGCCAUCAGGUUUGCUGAGGCCGGUGGCACUGAGGAAACUUCCGGGCCGGUACCUUGCCCACCAGGAGAGCUUGCCUCGCCUCCCCAUCCCGCCUCUCCAGCAGACGUUGGACCGCUACUUGUCUGCGCUCCAGCCCAUCAUCACUGAGGAGGAACUCAGCCAUACCAGGGAGCUGGUGCAGGAUUUUCUGAAACAGGGCGGUGUUGGGGAGAGGCUACAGAAAGGACUGGAGAGAAGAGCCCGGAAACAUGAGAACUGGGUAGGUCACAGCUGGAGGAGGUCAGGACUGCUGUAGCAGGUGUGAAGGUGUUAAAGCUGUCAUGUGGCCCCUUUUUCAUCUGGGGAAGGCAGUUGUUUUUAUUAUUGAAAUUACUAAAAAUUUGUAGACUGCCCUUGAUCUAAGGAUCAAGGGGCGGUUUACAAUAUAAAAACAGAAAAAUGCAUAACAUAAUAAGCAAAAACACACACACACACAGUUUAAAAGGCCAUUGAUUGUUUAAUUAGCCAGAAAAAGUAGGUAGGUAGAGACAAGUUUUCAUAAUACUAUAAGUCGUGACAUCCAGUGAAGUUUAAUGAUGGAAGUAUGCAGGACAGACAGAAGAGAAUAUUCUUAUUCACACAGUGCAAGGUUAAACUUUGGAACUCCCAAAAGAGGCAGUGAUGGCAGCAGCAGCAACAACAACAACAACAACAACAACAAUUAUACUCUGGGCGGCUUCCAACAGUACAUUAAAAACACAAUAAAACAUCAAACAUUAAAAACUUCCCUAAACAAGGCUGCCUUCAGAUGUCUUCUAAAAGUCAGUUGUUUAUUUCCUUGACAUCUGGUGGGAGGGCGUUCCACAGGGCGGGUGCCACUACCGAGAGGGCCCUCUGCCUGGUUCCCUGUAACCUCACUUCUCGCAAUGAGGGAACCACCAGAAGGCCCUCGGUGCUGGACCUCAGUGUCCGGGCAGAACGAUGGAGGUGGAGACGCUCCUUCAGGUAUUCUGAGCCGAGGCCGUUUAGGGCAUUAUAGGUCAGUACCAACACUUUGAAUUGUGCUCGGAAACAUACUGGGCGCCAAUUAGGUCUUUCUAUGUACUGGGAACCAAUGUAAGAUACCAACUUGGAUGGCUUUAAAAGAGGAUUGGACUAAUUCAUGUAGGAUAAGGCUAUCAAUCGCUGCCAGCCAUGAUCAAUCAAUCAAACAUUCAAUCAUUUUAUUUGUAUGCCAACUAUGCUCUGCCUCCAAAGAGGCAGCAAUGCUUCUGAGUGCAAGUCGUUAGGAAUCACAAGUGGGGAGAGUGUUGCUCUUGUAUUCAAGUCCUGCUUAUGGACUUCCCUUUGGGGCGUCUUUUUCACCACUGAGAGAACAGGAUGCUGGACUAGAUGGGCCACAGGCCUGAUCCAUUAUCUUAUGUUCUUACAAGGAGGGGGAAAUGGGGGUGGGGGACCGACCAUGGCUAGAGUUGUUAAGGUAUACAGCACCCUUGUCCAGUUUGAAAUGAAGUUGUGCAAAUUGCAUUAGAAGCUAAUGAGCAUCCCCCCUGGCUCUGCUGGUAGAGAUGUGAAAGCCCAGAAAAAAACUGGAAAAUUGGGUGGGGGAAUCACCUCCCCCCUCCAUACACACAAAUUUUUGGAUUCCCCCACCCCCCUGGUCUUUGGAAACAAAACUAGAAACCAUUUUUCAAGGGGAGAGGCAAAAUAGGCAGAAAGGGACAGUAUUUUCUCCACCCUGCAAUUUUUCUGUGUUCUCUCCCCCCCCCCCCAACCAGGUCUUCACAUCUUCAUCUUCUAGGCCCUAAUAUGUCAUCAUCCCCUGUUCUUCCUCUCCACCCAGCCUCUCUUUUUAAAUACUUUUCAAAUUUACCGUUAUACAUUUCAUUAGUUUUACAAUCAUUUUAACAUUUCAUGGUUUGACUUCCCCCUCUUUCUGCAGUUCCUUAAAUUUAUUUUUUAAUAUCUUCUGCAUAUCCAAACUCAUUUAAUUUGCUCAUUUAAUUAUCUACUUUAAAUAUAUACUCGUAUGAAACUGCAGGUUAUUACAAUAAUCCUGCCAAUGUUUACAAUAAUCCUGCCAAUUUAUCUGUAAAUAUUCAAUAAACCAUUUCUAUUCUUUUAUAAAAUGUUUGUUAUCUUGAUUUCUUAAGUUUCACCAUUUCUGCAUAUUCCAUAAGUUUUUGUAUCCAUUCUUCCUUUGCUGGGACUUCUGCUUCUUUCCAUUUUGUGGCAAGUAGCAUUCUUGCUGCUGUAGUCGCAUACAUAAUUAAAUUUCUAUUCAGUUUAGGUAAUUUUGUCCCUAUAAUUCCCAAGAGAAAAGCUUCUGGGGUUUUUUUAUACAAAGGUUACUUUAAACAUCAUUUUCAAUUCAUUAUAUAUCAUUUCCCAGUAAGCUUUAACCUUACGACAAGACCACCACAUAUGAUAAAAAGAACCUUCUUUCUCUUUACAUUUCCAACAGUUAUUUGAUUUAGAUUUAUACAUUUUUGUCAGUUUACUCAGUGUUAGAUACAGCGGCAUUGCUAGCCACUCAGGUGUCUGGUGUGGGGGUGGUGUCCUGAAGCCAGGGGCAGGGCAAUCUGCCCAUGGGACUGGGCGAGUCUCUCUGACGCUUGGGACCUCUCCGACACUUCCCCCUCAGCUGUAGGGCAGCUGAGGGAGAGGCAGUACAAUGGUACCUCGGGUUAUAGAUGCUUCAGGUUACAUACGCUUCAGGUUACAGACUCUGCUAACCCAGAAAUAGUACCUUAGGUUAAGAAGUUUGCUUCAGGAUGAGAACAGAAAUCACGCAGCGGUGGCGCAGCGGCAGCAGGAGGCCCCAUUAGCUAAAGUGGUACCUCAGGUUAAGAACAGUUUCAGGUUAAGAACAGACCUCCAGAACGUAUUAAGUUCUUAACCCGAGGUACCACUCUAGGCAGACGCAAGUCCCACGCUGCCGUUUUAGGCAGCGUGGAACCUGCAGGCGCCUAAAUCACCACAUCACUCCUAAAAAGUUUUGUGAGCCCUAUUUUUAAAAAAUAAUAAUAAUCUCAUUUUGUCACACACACCCCUCAGUGAUGACACCUGUGGCGGGCUGCACCCCCGUUCCUCCGCCACUGGUUAGAUUUCAUAUCAUUUUCUCUCAUACCAUAACAUGCUGUAAAUUUUAUAUCCAUAUUCCACAGUCGUUCCCACGCUUCCAUGUCUAUAUUAUGAUUGAUAUCUUUUGCCCAGUGCAUCAGUGAGGAUUUUACUUCCUCGUCCUUUGUCUCCCAUUCCAAUAAUAUUUUAUACAUUUUAGACAACACUUUUACCUUACAUUCCAACAGGUCUCUCUCCAGUUGUGAUCUUUGUUCCCCAAACCCUCGUAUCCUAUCUUUCUUAAAUACUUCAUUCAAAUGAUGAUAUUGUAACCAUGCUGUUAAUUUCCUUGAUAAUUCCUUAAAUUGUUUUAAUUUAUACUCUCCUCCCUCUUGUUUUAAUAAAUUUCUGUAAGUUGUCCACCCUUCUAUCAUAAUCUUUUUCUCAUAAUGUGUGUGUUUGUGUGUGUCUACAUGUGUUUGAAACACAAGCAAAAUGUCAGGAAUCGGCAAAAAAAAAAAUACAUUGCCAAUUCUCUUAGAACACUAAUAAAAUUUUUUAAGUAGAACUCUAAAGGAAUGAACCCCUCCCCCACCAGUAGCAAUCUAUAUAUACUAGAAAAACUCAGUAAAGACAUAAAAACUGUGUUAUACUUAGAAAAGACAUUCUUAUCAUUUCCAGUUCAGGCAAAACAUGCUGGGCUUCUGGGUUGAGGACCGAGGCCCAUAUUGUAUGGAAAAACCUGCCUGUUCUAUUUUCCAUUCUGCAGCUAGAUUAGCCUGUAGCCAAUAUUCAAGCUUAUAAGGAUCCUUGCCCUCUCCAAAAGUCUUGUUCACACAGGGUAUCAAGGGAAGUGCAGCGGUGCCAGCUAGCCCCACCCAUGGAGUUUUGGCCAUCCGGGGCACACUAUGGCAGGGUGGGGCUAGCCGGCAACGAUUCCCACCCAUGCACUGAUAACAACACGUUGAGUGAAACACCCUACUCCCAAAUGGCAUUGGGCUAAUGAUACCUUCUCUGUUCUCAUCCCAGCUUUCUGACUGGUGGCUGAAAACCGCAUAUCUAGAGUAUCGGCUGCCUGUGGUGGUACAUUCCAGUCCAGGAGUAGUUUUGCCCAAACAGGAUUUUCUGGAUCGGCAAGGGCAGCUAAGGUAAUUGUGACCACAUUGGAGGUUCAGGUUCCAAGAUGUGUUUGAAAAUAGGAUGCUGAUUUAAUUAUGCAUUGUGAACUCUUAUCACAGAAUACCAGCUACUGAAAGGUAACGGUGGUAGUAAGGCUCCAUGCCCUGCUUUCGGUCUCCCUGAAAGAUGCUGGUUGGCAAACACAGAAUUUUGGGCUGGGAUUCCUGUGAUUUUAGCUGAGAUUCCUAUAUUGCAAGGAAUGACCCUUUGGAUCCCUUCGAACUCUACAGUUCUAUGAUUCUGUGAUUUACCGUAUUUUUCGCACUAUAGGACGCACUUUUUCCCCGCCAAAAAUGAAGGGGAAAUGUGUGUGCGUCCUAUGGUGCGAAUGCAGGCUUUCACUGAAGCCUGGAGAGCGAGAGGGGUCGGUGCGCACCGGCCCUCUCGCUCUCCAGGCUUCAGGAGAGCCCCAGCGCCAGCCCCACAAGGUCGGGGGACAGAGGGAGACGGAACGCCGCCAUCCCGCUGUCUCCCGAAGUGGUUUGGAGGCUGACGGCGGGAGACCCCGCCGCCGGCCCCGCAAGCUCCGGGGACAGCGGGGAGACGCAGCGCGUCUUCCUGCUGUUCCCGGACCUGAUCUGAAGGCGGGCGGCGGGGAGAAGAGCGCUUCUCCCCGCUGCCUGCCCCCAAGCUCCGGGGACAGCUGGGAGGCGCAGCGCGUCUCCCCGCUGUCCCCGGACCUGAUCUGAAGGCGGGCGGCGGGGAGAAGAGCGCUUCUCCCCGCUGCCUGCCCCCAAGCUCCGGGGACAGCUGGGAGGCGCAGCGCGUCUUCCCGCUGUCCCCGGACUUGAUCUCAAGGCGGGCGGCAGGGAGAGGCGCUUCUCCCCGCUGCCUGCCCCCAAGCUCCGGGGACAGCUGGGAGGCGCAGCGCGUCUUCCUGCUGUCCCCGUACCUGAUCUCAAGGCGGGCGGCUGGGCGAAGAGCGCUUCUCCCCGCUGCCUGCCCCCAAGCUCCGGGGACAGCUGGGAGGCGCAGCGCGUCUUCCCGCUGUCCCCCGACCUGAUGUGAAGGCGGGCGGCGAGGAGAAGAGCGCGUCUCCCGCUGCCUGCCCCAAGCUCCGGGGACAGCGGGGAGGCGCAGCGCGUCUCCCGCUGUCCCGGACCUGAUCUAAGGCGGGCGGCAGGGAGAAGAGCGCUUCUCCCCGCUGCCUGCCCCCAGCUCCGGGGACAGCUGGGAGGCGCAGCGCGUCUUCCCGCUGUCCCGGACCUGAUCUGAGGCGGACUGCGGGGAGAAGAGCGCUUCUCCCGCUGCCGGCCCCACAAGCGCCUGGGGGGGAAAUAAUUUUUUUUCCUUUAUUUUCCCCCAAAAAAACUUGAUGCGUCCUAUGGGCCGGUGCGUCCUAUGGUGCGAAAAAUACGGUACUCAGCAGGUCUCUUCCUUAAUGUGGCCUCAGCUCAAAAUUUGGAAGCUAACACUGCCUAUCUUUAACCAAGAACCCUCCGCAGCAUACAUUUGAAGCUGUGUCCUACUACUUUAAACAGUUGUAGUUUCACCCAAGGAAUCCUGGAAACUGGUUUGUUCAGGAUGCUGAGAGUUGUUAGGAUGAAGCAUCAUGGAGAAUAAUCAGCUUGUCUGCGGAAAGCAGGUACACUCCAGAGGUGAGACAUGGGUGGCACUGUGGUCUAAACCACUGAGCCUCUUGGGCUUGCCAAUUAGAAGGUCGGUGGUUCAAAUCCCCACGACGGGGUGAGGUCCCGUUGCUCUGUCCCAGCGCCUGCCAACACAGGCCGCUCAAAGCGACAUACCAGAAAAACCCAGCACAUACAUACUUUAAAACCAGGGUGGGUGGGUAGUGGGGUAAAUACAUUAAAAACCAUUUCUUGCACUCUAAAAGGCCAUAGGCAGUUAACAGCCAAAGGCCUAGUUAAAAAGCAGUGAUUUUGCCUGGCACCUGAAGAUAUAUAACAAUGGCGCCAGGUGAGCCUCCUAUGGAGGAGGCACACAAAGAAGGGGUUCAGAUGACGGUUACAAGGACUGGGUCAGUUCAUAUGGGGAGACAUAGUCUGUAAGGUAUGGGGUCCUGAACCACAUGAGGCUUUAUAGGUCAAAACCAGCACUUGGGCCAGGAAACUAAUUGGUAGCCAGUGCAGCCAGGUCAGGAUUGGUGUUACAUGCUCAAAACAUCUUGCCCUGGUGAGCAACCUGGCGACCGAAUUAUGCACCAGCUGAAGUUUCCGAACUGUCUUUAAAGGCAGUUCCGGGUAUAACACAAUGUACUUUAAAUAUCACAUACACCCCCGCCCGGCUGCUUUGCAAUCCCAUAUCAAUGUUCCUCUAUGCAUGUGCACACAGACACACACUCAUUUCCUUUUUAUUUUUGGCACACACUAUCACACUUUUUGGGGCUGGGUGCACAGACUUAACUUUGCAGAUUCAGUGUCAAGGGGAAGGGAAACCUGAGCUCACAGAUUGCAGAGGUGGAAUGUUUCAGGGUAUAGAUGAAAGUGCGGGAGCAAUUAACCAAAGGUGAGACUGGAAUGAAAUGCAACAGGGCAGCUUCUCUGGGUGUAGCAGGAUGGAAUAUAUAUUUAAUUGCACCUUUGCCCCAGGGAUCUGUGUUGUCCUUUCCCUGUAAGGACGCCUUGACCUUUGUACAGGAUCACCUUUCCCACACUUCCCCCAUCAGCCUCUGUUCACCUUUCAUCUUUUCUCCUGCUGUGUUUAUAAAUACUGCCCAAUCAGAGAAAAGAGCAAGGACCAGUGGAAUAAAAGAUCCUCUGCCUCUUUGUGUUGACACUUCAGUGUCUAAGGCUGCCUGUCCUGGGUAAAUCUGCCACCAGGGUUCAGCCCCAGAACGUACUGAACCCUGAUGCUCAAUCCCAAAUAAAUUAAUGAAGAGAGGAGCAGUGAUACUUAAAAAAAAAUCUGUAGAUGUUUAGCCCAAAUGGCAUAUUGUGUUUAUUUGAAAGUAAGUAAAGCUUGACCUCUCAGUCUUAGGCCUUUCUGCUUGUAAGUAAGUCCUGGCUGAGUUCAGUGGUGAUUUGUUUGCUAGUUCAGAACUCUUUCCACCUGCAGGAUAGGUGUUGCAAUUCAGCAGGUUAUUGAGGUAACCCAGGUGGCUGUGGAUGUUGCUGCUUUUGAUUGCGUCAGUGAAGGCAGUUGAUAGUCCUAAAACCAGGUGUGGCAAACAUCUGGGCUGGGGGCCAAAUUUGGCCCUCCAAAUCUCUUUGUGAGGCCCUUGAGACUCCCCCUCAGCCACACACACCCCUCCAGGCUGCUACUCUCUCCUCCCCACUCCACUUGAGUGCAGCUGCUUACCUGGAAUGUGUUGAGGAACUGUCACAAUGCCUCUCUUAUUCCUGGAUGGAGGGUGGAGGGAUGUUAUUUGUGUGUGUAUUCUGGGUUGUGUAUGUGUUCUGGGUUGGGUUCAGCUACAUUUCAUUUGUAGUAGGCACAUGCAAAUUAAUUUCUGUCAACUUUUGUGGGUCUUAUCUAACUAUGGCGUUGGAAAUAGCCUUCUGACUUUAUUGUGGCUAGAACAUAGUCUCCUGGGGAAAAAACAGUCACAUCUGUUGCACUGCCCACGUUUUUCUCUCGCUCCACCCACCCCCAGCAUGUGGCCCCUGGAAGGUAACCCAUGGCAGAAUGUGGCCCUCUGGCUGAAAAUGGCUCCUGUUCUCUCUUUUUUGUACAUAUAUCUUAUAUUCUAAUAAAAAAUAAAUGGAUUCAAACUCUUAGUAAAUAUGUUGAUAGCUUUUUAAAGCUGCCUCUUUUGCUAAAGAGUAAUAGUUUUAUCUGUUAAGAUAAUUGCCCUGCAUUUUUGUAGAUCCUCUCAGAUAAGGCUCCUUGGAUUUUUUAUUUUCUUUAAAUGUUAUUUCAUUGUAGGAAUUCGGAGAGGAAACCACCGUGUGUGUGCGCACGCGCGCGCACACACAUGUGUGUUUGCGGGGGAGGUGCAUUUUCAUUAGAAAGAAAUCUAAACUGAACCAUGCUGGGUUUUACAUAGAAUCACAGAAUCAUAGAGUUAGAAGAGACCCCGAGGGUCAUCUAGUCGAACCCCCAGCAAUGCAGGACUCUCAACUCCAACAUACAGAUAGCCAUUCAACCCCUGCUUAAAAUCCUCCAAGGAAGGAGAUCCCCCCACCUCUCUUGGGAAUCUGCUCCACUGUCGAACAGCUCUUACAUGUGGGGAGUUGUGUCACUCCAUCUCCACUGACCAUCAUGCAGCUGCGUUCAGACAUGCAGCAGGCACACGCACCCAGCAGGACCUGAAAAAUGGGACAGUUUUAUCGUGUGAUUCUACGGAAUGUAUAAACUAGACUGGGAUUCCAGGCGUUUUUUAAGUAUAAGGCCGCUGGCUGAGGAUCUGCAUAAGGUAAGAGCUCUUGCACUCCUGCUGUUUAAUCUGUGUUACAUCUCCAUUUCCCCACUGCUUUCUGCUUUUUGCAGGUUUGCUGCGAAGCUGAUUGAGGGGGCUUUGGACUUCAAAACCAUGAUUGACAAGUGAGUUGCCUCUUCUUUCCCACCCACCCUCCCAGUGGUUCACUCCCCCCCCCCAUCCCUCCCUCCUCUCCUUUUCCUUUCCUUCUGUGCCCUUUAGAUUGUAAGUCUGAGGGCAGAGGCUGUCUUAUAACUAAUCGCCAUCAGCCACCCUGGGAGCUGUUUUUUGGCUGAAGAGCGCUGGGUCACGACGUUUUAAAUAAAUAUAUGUUCGUAUUGCAGUAUCUGUAUGCAUGAUGCUUAGGUACAAAAGGGCAGAUCUCUGCCCCACAAUUCAAACUCCUGCAUGAGAGUAAACAACAAAAGAAAACAGGAUAGCAAUACACUGUUAUUUUCAGUAGUACGUAUUUCAGCUCUGUUAGGGUUUUAGUCUUAAUCUAAUUGACUACAGGCAAGACUUAAUUCUGAAUAUAUCAGGAGUAUUCAAAUCCUCCCUCAGCCAUGAAGCUCACUGGAUGUGGCCUUGGGCCAGUCACUGCCUCUCAGCAGCGGGUGGACUUUGGUAAUCUUUUGUAACAUGGUGCCCUUUGCGAGGGGGUGGACUUUGGUAAUCUUUUGUAACAUGGUGCCCUUUGCGAGGGCAAAAUUUGGCACCUCCAAAUGGAUCUUCUCAGUUACGGAUUUUGUGCCCCCUCGACUUGGCACCCUGCCUGCACUGCCCUAAAUUUGGUGCUGCUCUCAGCCUAACCUCCCUCACAAGGUUGUUGUGGGAAUUACAUGAGGAGGGCAAGAACCAUGUAGUUCACCUUGAGCGCCUUGGAGAAAAAGAUGGGGGGGGGAAUGCAAUAAAUAAUCCCCCUGCCUGUCUUAUACACACCAAGGCUUGUUCACACGUUACACAGAACAUGGGUACACAAUGUCUCCACAUAGGUACAGGUUUUUGUGCAAAAGAGGGUACACUUGUUGAAUUGUGCAGCUCAACUGUUUGUGGACACAGAUUGUACACUUGCUGAAUGUAACAUGUGAACACUCCUGCAGACACACACACACACACACACACACACACCUUUGUCUGAUCUGUUGAAAUUUGAAACGGCCUCCUUGAGUCAAUUGCCCAGAUUUCAAAAACAGAGCCAUAGUGAUGUUUUUUUUCUUGACCCGAGUUCCCCAUCCCUGCGACAAAACUGAAUGUUUGAUUGUGGAACUGUGCCUGGCUCCAUAAAACAGCCUCCCUCGAAGGCCGUCCGACAGCAGCUUUGUACAGGGAGGUUUUCAGUGUUUCAGGUUAUUUAUGUUUUGAUAUUUUGGUGGAAGCUGUGCAGACCAGAGCGGCUGGGGCAACCCAGUCAGACAGACAGCAUAUCAUCAUCAUCAACAACAAUUUUGAAUCUUCUUUCUCUUCAUUGUUCCUUGACCAGUGAGACACUUCCUGUGGAAUACCUGGGUGGGAAACCCCUCUGCAUGAACCAAUACUACCAAAUCCUCUCUUCCUGCCGUAUCCCUGGCCCCAAACGGGACUCUGUUGUGAAUUACGCAAAAGGAAAGAAGCCUUCAACGCAUAUCACUGUAGUCCACAACUUCCAGGUAUGCAGGCAGCUCUCAGUUAAUUUGAAGUUUUGGGACUAGACCACAUGCUCCUUUUUUCUUCACAUUCCCUGUGCCAUCUCUGUAUAAAGGUGGGGUAGGCAUAGGGUUGCUGGAGGGUUUUGUUUAGUUCACAUUUUUAAAUAAGUUCAUACAAGCAGCCUAAUAAGCAGGUUGGAAUGCCCUUACUAGUUUCUGCACACAUCUGAGUUUUGUGAUGCACUUUACUACUCCAAAAACAACAAUGAAAAUAAGAAUGCAAGAAGAGCCCUGAAGAAUGAGGCUAGUGGCCCAUCUAGUCCAGCAUCCUAGCAGUAGCAACAUGAUGCCCAUUAUGGGAAACUCGGUAGCAGGAUUCAAGCACAAGAGCAACACUCUCCCUUCCUGUGGUUCCCAGCAUUGCUGUCUCCAACCAUAGAGGCAGAGAAUAACCACCUGUGACUGGGAGCCAUUGAUAUAUGCAACAAAUUUGUCUACUCUUUAAAGCCAUCCAAGUUGCUGGCCAUCUCUACCUUCAUGUGGGAGAAUAUUCCAUAGCGCAGCUUUAUUUAUUUACUACUUCUGCGCUUCAUCUUAAGGUCCCAGGUUACAGCAUUAAAACAAAAUAUUAAAAACAAUUAAAAAUAACUUACCUUCACAUAAGUAAGGUGGGUCUUAAAACUGUACAUCUCAAGUGUCAAAAGCCAGGGCAAAGAAAAGCAUAUUUAUUCCAUCAUUUGCCGGAAGCUGUGUAAUGAAGGUGCCAGGUGCACCUCUGAUGGGAAGGAGUUCCACAGCUUAGGGGCUGCCACAGAGAAGGCCCUUCCUUGGGGCACUGACAUUCCCAAGCCUUUAAGUUAAAAGGAACCACCAAGAGGGUCCCUUCUAUUGAUCUCAGCAUCCAAGAGGGUCUGUAGGGAAGGAGGCGGUCUUUCAGAUGCUUGGGAGUAUGCACUGUGUGAAGGACUUCCUUUUAUCUGUCCUCCAAUAUUCAGCUUCACUGGAUGUCCUCAGGUUCAAGUGUAAGGGGGAAACGCGUCAGCCAUUUGAUGGACCAAGUUCAGCAUUUUAUGUGUGUGAUCCUCACUUGCUCUAUUUUGAAUGAAUAAAUAUGAGUGCCAGGCACCAGACUCUCCUCUCCUCUCCUCCCCUCUUCCCAGUUCUUUGAGCUGGAUGUCUACAGCAGCGACGGCAGCCCCCUGACGACUGACCAGAUAUUUAUUCAGCUGGAGAAGAUCUGGAACACCUCCCUCCAAACCAACAAGGAGCCAAUUGGGAUCCUGACCACCAACCAUCGCAACAGCUGGGCCAAGGCCUACAAUAACCUCAUCAAGGGUCAGUCUUUUGAAAUGGUACCCGUGCCAUUGAACUAGCUGCCUUACCCUUGUGGAAGGAGAUGCCAGACUGGGGACGGGGAGUGUACCUCCCUAGCAGGUGGGGGUGAAGGUUGAAAUUUGGCCCAGCCUCCUUCCCACUUCCCAGAACAAUAUGCAAGCCCAAACACAGUUAUCCUUGAAAACAUGUCCAUCUCAGGGUUUGUUGAUGCAGUUCUCCAACUGCAUAAGGUGGACAAUAAAAUAUUUUUGUGGUUCCCCAUGGCUCGGAUGCAGGGUGCAUAUUCACCAGGAACUGGGCAUUUAGUAUUGUGGGCCUAAUUUUAUGCAGCUCCCUUCCAGUCAAGGUCAGACAGACCCUCUCUUCCUGUUGAACUUCCAACCCCUACUUUUUUUAUUCCAAUGGGCAUUUUUGUUGAGGUUCAAUUUUUUUCAUUUCAGCGGAUUUAUAUUGUUAUAUUGUAUUUUUGUAAACCACGGAGAGAUUCUUGUAGUCAAGUGGUAUAUAAAUUGUUUAAAUACAAUAAAUUUCUUAACCACCAUUGGGUACCCGGGUGGAUUAACACAAUAAAAACAAUUCCAACCUAGAUUAGUUUGUUCUUUCUUGUAUUUUAUGUUGAAAAGUGUGUGUGUGUGUGUGUGUGCGUGCGUGCGCGCGCACACACACACACACACAGUCCCAACCAUAAAAAUGUAAAAACAAUCCCAUAUAUAACCAAUGAUACAGACAUUUAAAAACAAUUCCAUAUAUAAAAAUAGUUGAAAAUAGCUCUGAUACUACCAAGAGAUGGACUGUAAAAUGCAUACGCUAAAAUGUGCACUAAUAAGAGCUCUAUUGGGUUUUUAAAUUAUUUUAAAAAAGCAUGCAGAAUUGCAUUGUAUUAGGGAAAUUUACUUGCAAAAAGAAAAAGUGUAUAUUAAGACAAAAUUAUAAACGGUUAUUGAAUGCACGUGGAGAAAUGUGUGGUAAAAUGUUUUGCACCAUUUCUGGUCCCCCCCCCCCCCCGACUUUUUUUCUCCAGACAAAACCAACAAAGAGUCUGUGCGUUCAAUUGAAAAGAGUAUCUUCACUGUCUGCCUGGAUGCACCAAUGCCCCGUGUCUCAGACGAUAUCUACAGGAGCCGUGUGGCUGCCCAGAUGUUGCACGGUGGGGGUAGUCGCUGGAACAGUGGGAACCGCUGGUUUGAUAAAACGCUUCAGGUGGGUGCUGGGAUGCGUGGCUAAAGUGCAAUAGAAUUAUUUCCUACAGCAGUUCCAUGAAGGUUUAAAACUCUGUUUUAGCUUCACUGUAGGGAGACAUCAGGGAUGAAGUUCCACCACUCAGACAGCUCUUCCCUUAAAUAACCAUUCCCUUAAAAUGGUUUAUUACUGUAGAUCAUGGCAUAAAUAAAGGUUGGCAUAACAUAAUAUGAAAAAAGAUCCCCAUUAUGAGCUUCCUUGCCCCUCAUCUCUGGCUUGUUCAGCCCUUCUCUCACUGUCUCAAAAAUUGCUUUGCAGUUUAUCGUGGCCGAGGAUGGCUCCUGUGGUUUGGUGUACGAACAUGCUCCCUCGGAGGGUCCCCCUAUUGUCGCCCUACUAGAUCAUGUUGUGAACUAUACGUAAGUUUCUGUUGUUUCUCUGUGAAUGUGAUCCUUUCUCCUCCUGGGAAUGUAAGUGGCUGUGCCCAUGAUGGAUUGUUCAUGAUAAUACUUAUCUUUUAUAUCAUGGGUUCCCAGUGGUCUGCAAGCUGCAUUCAGGUGGUCCAUGGCAUACUUGUGGAUUUCUAGCCAAAGACAGGAGACGGCACAUGCAUCACAUUAAGUGUUCAUAUUCAUUUUUAACUCUGGCUAUUGCUUCUGUUAUGUCCAGUAAGCCCUUAACCUACAUGGGGAUUACGUUCCAGGAAUAGCACCUGAAGCCAAUAGCGCAUAAAGCCUACCUACUUUCCACCCCCUUAAUUUUUUUAAUUGCCGAGCACAUAAAGCUGAAUGCACACAAGUUAAAUGCAUAUAAGAUGCGGGCUUACUGUACCAGUAUCUCAUCGCAUUACAGUUUGGAAUUCUAUGGAAUUCAAAUUGCAGUAAACUGUGAUGUAUAAGAAAUCAAAGAAGCAAUAAAUAUACAAUUAAAAAUCAUUCAGCAUCUAGUACGUAGGCAGAAAAAAACAAUUAAGAGGUCUGCCAGGACCCUCAUCAGUUUUCAAGUGGUCCAUGGGGGGGGGCGAGUUUGGGAUCCACUGUUUUAUAUAAUGCACAUAUAUUACUUCAUAGUAAUUUUUUAUAGCAGGGGUUGCAUAUAUAUAUAUAUAUAUAUAUAUUUAUGGCCCAAGGGCUGCAUUCAUUUGUGGCCAAUUGUUUGGGGGCCUCAUGCCAGCAGUGGCUUUGGCCACCCCACAGCCACAGCCACACAAGCCUGCAGGAGACCUGCUGUAUAAACUUACAUGUACGAACACCCACCAAGACUGUGCAUAGCCUCCCAUUCCUCAUGUGUGCAGAUGGGGAUACACUCAACAGAUGACCAGGCCUCUGGGCAUGGUGGAAAGGUUUAAACCUUUUCACCCUCUCCAGCUCUGUGUUUAUUUUAUUUUUAUUUUAUAACUCUUUUUUAGCCAUUACUCUCCAUAUUUGUUAGAUCUUGAGGGGGUGUUUUCAGAGGACCACUUCAGUCUCCAGGGCUGAUGUUCACUACCUCUGCCUUACACCAGCCCUGUAAGGUGAAUGAAUAUUAUUCCCACAAAUGGGCCUGCAGCAAAAUGUUGCAGCAUACACAUAAAAACAGCUCUUCUGUUUAUGGCGUGCCAGGGAGCCAUGCCAUUUUCAGGAUAUUAUAAGUUGUAAGGGGCAUGAACAAGACAUGUUGUUCUCUCCCCCUGCCUUCCAUUGUCAUACCAUUAAAAUCCCAAUUAAAACCUAAAUGCAUAGGUAAACAGGACCAUCUUUGCCUGGUGCCUAAUAUUGAUAGUGCCAAGUGCACCUCACAGGGGAAGGCAAUGCUCAACCAGAGAGCCACCACUGAUAAGACCUUGUUCUUUUUGCCACAUUCCACGCCUCCCUUGGAGGGGGCACAUGAAGCAGGGCCUUAUGCAUCCAGGAUCCUGUUCUUUGCUGUGUUGUAUAGGAUGUGAUGCUCAUAACUGAAAACACCACCUUCUGUUCUUAACACCUCUUUGGUGGUUGUUCUUUGUAGAAAGAAACCAGAAUUGGUGAGAUCUCCCAUGGUUCCCUUGCCAAUGCCUAAGAAACUCCGGUUUAACAUCACCCCAGAAGUGAAGAAUGAUAUCGAGAAAGCGAAACAGAACCUUAACAUGUGAGUUAUCCAUGGGGCACAAUAGGAGUUUUCCAGAAGAGACAGGUUCAGGAAUGAACAAGAGGAAAAAGACUUCCCCAGAGUCAUGCCAACACAGGAUGGAGACUGGCUAUCUCCGCUUCCACUUAAAGCAAAUAUGAAGAGGGGGGAAUCAAGUUUCUAGUUCCUGUGAGGGGCUGUUUAGAAUCUUGAAGAUCUUUUCAUUGGGCUCAGAGUAAUUAUCUUUUUUGUUGCUGCUGCAUGCGGUAUCACAGACGGGCAGAAAGAAGUAAUCUGCAGUCUCUUAAAGGGCCGGUCAUUCUCCUAGUCCUCUUAAGUUAAAUGUGUAGCAGGCAGGAAGCAUUGAGUUAAAUGUGUAGCAGGCAGGAAGCAUUAGAGCAGUAGCUGAUGGAGAUACCAGCAGGGAUAUUGCCAGAAACAUCUAGCUCUCCAGCCUAUUGAUAAACAUCUCAAGAAAUCACGUCUUCCUCUGUCCUUCUGCAGCCUGGUGCAAGACUUGGAUAUCAGUGCAAUUGUCUUCCACCAGUUUGGGAAGAAUUUCCCCAAGUCGGAAAAGAUCAGUCCAGAUGCUUUUAUCCAGAUUGCUUUGCAGCUGGCCUACUACAGGUAGGUGACAGGGAAGGGGUCAGGUGCUCUACUUUACUUUCUAGUAGCAAUCAGAACAUUCACAACAACUUUCUUGGGUCUGCUUGACAGUUUAUGUAGUCUGAACAUACUGAAACCAGGGUUAGGGAAAAAUUUUCAGCCCAAAGGCUGCAUUCCUUCCGGGAGGUCGCAUGCUGGGGGGAAAGUGGGAGAGCGACAAAUGAUAAGUUUACCUUAGUGUAGUACUUAGUGUAAUAGUGUAGUGUAACACACUCAUUACCCUCUAACAAGGCAAGCAUGGACUGUUAUCAGAUGUCAAGGACACAUUCUAGGCACAUCAGAACUCAUGGAUAGUGCAAAGCAAGGCAUUGGGUGUGGUCUGGGGAGAAUACCAAGGGCCAGAGAGAGAGGGCUGGAGGGCUACUUUCCUGGCCUAGAGCCAGCGGGUUCCAAAUUCCAUAGAGGAAUGUUUUCCCAAUUUCUGAGGCAUCCUUCGGUCCCGCACCCCAAGGCAUUCAGUUUUAAAUUCAGGAGGGGUUCCCUCCUCUAGGAGGAACUCGCCUCCUGUGUCCCUGCAAGGUGCACUGCUUUAGAAGGAGCAGGGGUUCAUUCAGAGAUGCGACAGGCAGCUGCAGAGGCCCAAAGGUUCUGCGACACUCCUUGCCCCCUGCAAAAAGAAAGGCACAAGAAUAAGCGGUAAUGAUAUUUGAAAGGCCUCAAAUUGAAACCUUCUUGAGAACUUCCAGCAAAGGAGACUAAUGGGACCCCAGUAAUUGUGGGGUAUUCAAAAAUACCUGUAAAAGGACCCUCUCUGACAGGCUGCUGUGAGAAUAGGAUGCUGGAACUAGAUGGGUCCCCUUCGGCUUGAUCUAGCAGGGCUCACCUGAUGUGCGUUCUCUCAAAUUCUUCAGAGAGUCAUUUCUGAUCUGCUGGCUGUUUCUUCUGCUUGUUUUUUCUGUCAACCUCCUCCUAGGAUGUAUGGGGAGGCCUGUUCCACCUAUGAGAGUGCCUCACUCCGGAUGUUCCGCCUGGGCCGGACAGACACGAUCCGUUCUGCCUCUGUAGAUUCUCUCAAGUUUGUGCAAGCCAUGGAUGAUUCUGGCAAGCAGGUGGGAAAAGUGGAUUCCUUUGCUGCCCAUAUUGACCCUUAGAUGGCUUCCCCCCUCCCCAUGGAGAGCAAGAGAGAAGUUCCCCAUUGCAUGAGGGCCUUCAGCUCAUGCAGUACUGGAUGGAACCCAAACAGAACUUAUAAACCAUGCUGGAUCGAACCAUUCAGAAUGGUCUCUUAUGAAUAAAGGCUUCAUUUGUUAAAAGAAGAUCUGUCAGCCAGUGAUAACAGGUAGCAAUUAGAACUACCAUAGAGACUGUUGUCCUUGGCAACCAGAGCAGCCCAAAUGUGAUCAUAGAGAGGAGAAGUCCUGCUUCAUGGUUACCAAAGGAAGUGAAACCCCUAAGGGUGCAGCAGAGGCCCAGAAACUGUUCUGCUGGAACAUACCUGUUCUCCUUGCUAUUUUUAUGAAAACGUUAAUGUUUCAUAUUCAGUAUACCAUAUCUUUGUUUUUCAUUGUAAGCUGCUUUGUAUAUUAUAUUAAUAGAAAAUUGAGAUAUGGCUAUUAAAACUAAGAGAGGCUGCAGUCCAAGCCCCACUUACCUGGGAGUAAUCCAUACUUAAUUCAGUAGGUCCUACUUCUAUGUAAAAAUGGUUAGGAUCGCACAAUAAACAUCUUUUAUUCACCACAUAUCAAUCACCGAAACGAUCUUAGCUUGAGAUUGGCGAUAUGACAGACAACGAGCAAUGGGACAGCCCAUGUUACCCAAAGACCAUUUGAGCUUUAAAGGGUCUGGGGAGAGGUUUCCUGUGAUGACCCUUUUUACUGGAAAAACAAUACUCUUGAUGAAGAACAGUCAGCACAGAUGUGUGAAAAGUUACCUUGGCUACCAGGCCAAGUUCAGGGUGUUGCUGCUAACCUAUAAGGCACUAUACUGCUUAGGACCAGGUUACUGUAAUUCAGAGGUCACUAGCAGGAGAAGCUCUCCCGCAGACCACAGCAACCUACUCGGUAUAUAAAGGAUUAUCCCUUUAUAUGCCCAGUAGGUCACUGUGGUCCGCAGGAGAGCUUCUCCUGCUAGUUUAAAAGACCUCAGAAGCUUGCUGUGCAGUAACUCGGAGCAGGGCCUUCAGUGUGGUUGCCCCUGUUCUGUGGAAUGAAAUUCCUGACAAUACAUGACAGGUUCCCACUAUCUGCUCUUUCUAGGAACCAUUUAAGAUACUUUUUUUUUCAACAAGCUUCCCCUAGCAGAUGUUCUCAUUUUGCUGGAGAAGAGCGGAAGAGUGAAGAAGAGCAGAAAGGAGAAUGUGCCCAGGCAGGGAGAAGGAUGAAUAGAUACACCCUCUUCCUGUCAGGGCACAAGGAGAGUGUUCUCACAGAGUUCUCCCUAGCAAAUUUACAGGAAAACUCUGCAAGCCUCAAGCCCUUUGUGCACCUCUGCUGUGGGUAUCCAUUCUGUUUGUUUAAAAAAUAAAAACCUUCAAAAUGAUUUUCCAAAAAUAAUAAAACAAUAGAAUUAUCAGUAAGAAAAAUGAACAAUAAUCUUAGACUCUGAAAAAGUUAAAAUAACAAUAGCCUAAAAACAGUUUGAAACUUGCAUUGACUUUCUAAGUAUCUUGGUAAAGGGACCCCUGACCAUUAGGUCCAUUCGUGACUGACUCUGGGGUUGCGGCGCUCAUUUCGCUUUAUUGGCCGAGGGAGCCGGCGUACAGCUUCCGGGUCAUGUGGCCACAUGACUAAGCCGCUUCUGGCGAACCAGAGCAGCGCACGGAAACGCCGUUUACCUUCCCGCCAGAGCGGUACCUAUUUAUCUACUUGCACUUUGACGUGCUUUUGAACUGCUAGGUUGGCAGGAGCAAGGACCGAGCAACGGGAGCUCACCCCGUCGCGGGGAUUCAAACCGCUGACCUUCUGAUCGGCAAGUCCUAGGCUCUGUGGUUUAACCCACAGCGCCACCUGCGUCCCUCUAAAUAUCUUGGUAGGUGUGUCUAAACAAAAAUGUUUUUAGCAUGCACCGGAAAGAGUGCAGUGGAGGCACCUGCCUGAUGUCAGUAGGCAAGGAGUUCCAAAGUUUAGGUGCUGCCACAAUAGAAGAUUGAGUUCUUACAAAUGCAGAAUGGAAAAUAAAUGAAAGAGUUGGAACUCUUGUUAGGCAGGUGGGCUGUUGAAAUGGAGUAGUUUUCGGUAGCUGUGCUUUCUCAUUCCUCCCUCAGGACCUGGAGAAGUUGGAACUACUGAGACAAGCCACCCAGGCUCAUCGUGCCUACACUGACAUGGUAAGUUCCUAUAAUGCCCCAUUUGCCUUAAUAAGCCACCCUUCAUUGAUACAGAGCAGAUUCUCUGGUGCUCCAAUAGGUGCCUAGAAGGAAGGGUUUUCAGUGUGUCACAGCAGGAGUCUUGCCUGCUAGUGAGCUUGCAAUUACUUCCAUAAAACAAGAAAACAACAAAAGAGGUAGCCCUUGGACCACCUCCUCUAUGAGAUCCAUAAGGUGGGUGAGGAUCCAUCUAUAUGCCCAUUGCUGAGUGGACACCCAAACCAAUUCACACAUUGUUCAGGAAGUUGGUGCAGAUCAGGACCAACUUUUACUGGAUUCCCUUCAUAUCCCUACUUGGUACCAAGUUAUCCAGGAGAGAGCCUUCUCCCCUGCCCCAAUUUAGACCAACUAGCCCACUUUAACUGUCAGAGAAAGCCCUUGUGGCCAUGCCUGUCCUGCAGAAAUCUGUCUGGUAGAGUCUACUCUGCAGUGGCACCCACCUCGUGGAAGGCACCUGAAUUCCACCAAUUGCUGGAAAUCUAUUUGCCCAGAUAGCCCCCACCUGCUGAUGUUUUACUAUCCCUUUUUCAAAAAUCUAUUUAAAGUAUUUACCAGGGUUCAAAUUCCCCCACUUGGCCAUGAAGAUCCUCAGGUGACCUCUCAAGAUUGUUGUGGGAAUUAAACGAGGAGGGGGAGAACUACCUUAAGCUCCUUGGAGAAAGUAUGGGAUAAAAAUGCAGUGCAGUAAAAUAAAAUAAAAUAAAAUAAAAUAAAAAAUUGGGUGCUAUAGCUGUAUCUGGCUGCAGAGAGAGCAUUGCUGCCCAUUGUUUGUUGGUGUAGCUUUUUGCAAUGCGUUUCUUUCAACCCUUUAGGCAAUUAGAGGGGACGCAAUAGAUCGCCACCUCCUGGGGCUGAAGCUCCAGGCCAUUGAGGACCUUGUCAGCAUGCCCGAACUGUUUAUGGAUACUGCGUAUGCUGUUGCCAUGCACUUCAAGCUCUCCACCAGCCAGGUAAACAGCAGCUCGCCUGACUAAUCAAGGAGGGGACAUGUGGACUUGUUGAAUUAAACUAAAUAACCUUAGUUAGAUUUUGAAUAAAAGUGCAGCUAAUUGUUACUGUUUUGAAUUUUACUGUGUUAUGAUCUUUCGUGGGUUGUGCAAGCCGCUAUUCUGAAUGCUUUUUAGGGGGGGGGUUCUGGUGGAACCAAGCGGGGUGGUGUCCUGAAAGAGCCUGGGGACCACUGAUACAAAUGAAUAUGUCUCCUCCCCCUCCUCUGUAGGUCCCCGCAAAGACUGACUGCGUAAUGUGUUUCGGCCCAGUGGUCCCAGAUGGCUACGGGAUCUGCUACAACCCCAUGGACGAACAUAUCAACUUUGCCAUCUCGGCCUUCAACAGUUGCGCCGAAACAAAUGCAGCCCGGAUGGCACAUUACCUAGAGAAGGCCCUCUUGGACAUGCAGCUGCUCCUCAAAUCGAACCCCAGGUCUAAACUUUAAAGGUGGGGGGAGUUGCGGUUUAAAGCCUUGGAGGCUCCAAAAUCCAGACAGUUGCACAAAGGCUUCAGCUGCAGGGAGUGUCUUACAACCCUGAUCUCCAUGGAGCGAGGCCUGUUUGUGGUUCUAGGACUGCUAGGCCAAAAAACAAACAAACUAAGCUAAAAUAAAAAUACGUUUGGUUUUUGUUUUGAAAGGAGCUUGGAGCAGACUUUAUCCUGUGAUCAUGAAGUGCCUUAUUGCUUCCCCAGAAUUGGGGGGGAUAGGUUUUUUUCUUGUCAUACCUGCAUUUUGUUUUUGCUGUGAAAACAAGAAUAUAGGAAUGGCAGCCUGCUUCCCACCUCAAACAAGUCCAGAGGGCAGGCAGGGAAUUCCUGCUUCCCUGUAGACCAGGGGUAGUCAACCUUUUUUUACCUACCGCCCACUAAUGCAUCUUUCUUGAUGGUGAAAUUUCCUUACUGCCCACCAGUGCUCGAUGGGAGGAGGAUUCAGCUUGUGCCCCCCUCUCCCCCUCUCUCCCACCUAGAAUCCUGAAACGCCCACUAGUGGGCGGCAGGGACCAGGUUGACAACCCCUGCUGUAGACACUGAGAAGGAACUGAAAUUAACUUGAGGCCGCCUCUGGAUCUGUCACCAGCUGCGUUUCCUCAUGGCCUCUUCAUAGAAUUAUAGAUGGGAAGGAUCAUCUAGUCCAGCCCCCUGGGUUCGGUCCGGCAGCUCUGUGCCAAUCCUGUGUGCUUGGGGUGGUUUGCUUUAUGAUGGGGAGGUAGGCUUCUCAAACCAAGGAAAUAUGGUCGCCUUUCUACUUUGCUGCUAGCUUGGAGAGGGGAUCGUUGCAGUGUAGCUUUAUCUGUUUUCUAUGCCCUCAACACCCAUCCACAGCUCAGAUCUCCGUUUUAUGUUUGCUUGGGUUUUUUAAUAUCCUUGUGUGUUUUGGGAAUCCAUCAGGAUGGGAGCACCCCCUGUUGUAACAGGUUCCUAUCCCCUGCAGAUACACCCAUUUUAUUGUUUGAUAAUAAAGCACUUUUCGUUGUUGAAGAAGUAGGUGUUCUGGCCAUUUUCACUGUAGAUUGCCGACACCUCACCCCACCUGACACAGAAGUAUGCGAAGAUCAAGCAGUCUAAAGGAUUUGCUGGGUCUUGGUAAAAUCUACGAGAAACUGGUGAGAAGUCAACUAGUCGGGGAGAAAGGAUGGGGCCUGGCUAGAAGUAAGAAUCUGCCGGAGGGGGUGUGUCUCCAACCACCCUGUUCUAUCCUCUCUCUUUUUGGAAACUCUUGAUACUAUGGCAGGGCUGGGAAACAUGCAGCCCUCCAGAUGACUUAUAGCACCUUAGAGACGAAAAAGUUUCAUUAUAAUAAGAGAUUUUUGUGGACUAUGGUCCAUUUCAACUGCAGAAGAUGCAGGUUAGCAAGCAUUAUGUACCCAUUUGCACACAAACCACAAGUGCCUGCUUGCCAGUUCAGUCUUCCCCUGCAUCUGAUUGAACUGUGGUCCAGGAAGCUUAUGCCAAAAUAAACAUGUUAAAUUUGUAAUUGCUGAGAUGACUUUUGUGGUUGUUACUUGAUCUCUCAAAUCUGGCUCAGGUGUGGAAUUGGCACCAAACUUUUUGCCUUGAUAAGAUUUUUAGAACAGGCAUGAGGAACCUGUGACCCUUUGGGUGUUUUUGGACAGCAUGGCCAGGGGUGAUGGGAGUUGAAAGUCCAACAUCUUGGGGGGGAGGGGCACUUCCAGGUUGCCCAUCCCUCUUUUUAAAGGCAAAAUAGCAAGGCCAAACACAGGCCAUAUGCCAAGUUCUGAAUAAAUUCCUAUCACUUUGGGCAUGAGAAGAGAAACAUUAGAGGCAGCAGCACAGAGUUGUGCUCUUAAAGGCUUAAGCCCACUCAAGUCUGUAUUGGAUUUGUGCCGAAGAGAUCUGCAUUGUUUCCCUUAUAGAAUACCAUUUUCUGCUGUCAAUGUGUUCAAGAGGCAUCUUGGCAGUCAUGAGGACUAGCCACUGGCUUUUAUGGAGGUUGAGAUUAAAGAAAAUCCUCCUGUUUUACAAGUGCCUUAUAUUGCCCACUCCUAGGGAGAAAGGGAGAUUGUGUUAAUGUAGGACUGUUUACAUGUUGCCAUGUGUUUCCCCAUUUUAAACUGUAUUUGGUAUGUUUGUGGUUUUAAUGGUUUUAACCUCAUCACUUCUUUGAAGCUUACAGUGCUAGAUUCAGGUGUUAAAUAUGAUAUAUUUUUUUAAAAAACCAACCCUGAUAUUUAUACAUCAGUGUUCUAUGUAAAAUUAUUGAAAGUGGAGAGCAUGAACAGAAGUCUAGGGUUUGAAUCUUACCUUAGCCGUGAAUGUCCCUGCAAUCUUAGUACAGGCCUAACUGAUGGGUUGUUCAUUUCUAAGGACUGUCGAGAUGUACUUUGAGCUCUCAAGGGCUAAACAAUUACAUUUUGAAUUGCCAAACUACUUAAUGUAUGCUGGUUUCCCAUCACUUAUGGUAUUAAAAAGAUAAAAUCUUCAUUGCCCAAGCUGUUCAGCAGUAGCUUCUAGCAUACUGGAAUGUUAGAACAGGUGCUUUCUCAAAGCACUGCAGAAUCUUUGGUGCAUGUAAUUUUAUAAUGCUUCUGAUGAAUGUUUGCAUGAUCUGCUUGUAAAUUGUAAUAUAUGUAUGGAUGGGCCUAAAAACGCUCACUGGUAUUGUGUGUAAACUUAACCCAAUUAAAACUGAAAUUUUA